CACGCAGCUGUGUCGCUGCGGACUUUGUAUUUUGAGUCCUUUACAGCAGACUAGCAGCUUCUUUUUUAUUUGAAAAGAAAAACAAACAACAACAAAAACAACAUGUCUACCGCCAUGAACUUUGGGUCGAAGAGUUUCAAACCUCGGGCUCCCGAUAAAGGCGCGUUCCCUCUGGAUCAUUUCGGAGAGUGUAAGGCCUUGAAGGAGACGUUUAUGAAAUGCCUGAGAAACAACAACUUCGACAACUCCCUGUGCCGCCUGCAGUCCAAAGACUACCUGGAAUGCCGCAUGGACAAUCAGCUGAUGGCCAAGGAGCCCCUGACCAAACUGGGUUUCAAGGACAUGAUGGAUCCUCCUCCCAGCCAAGCAGACACAGACCCUAAACCCUGAUCUGCUCCUCCACCACAGCCGUUGUUUUGGGGGAAAACAAAUACAGAAGGAUGGUGUUGCUGUGAACUGAACGUACCGAAGCCUUUGUUGUUAAUAAGAUGGCAACACGAGUCCUACAAAAGCAGAUUAAGGGCAAAGACUGAGAUGAGUGAAGCUGGGAGGAAUGGCUCCAGAGACUUUGAGAAUGUGGGCUAGCAGGAGGACUUUGUGGUUUUUAUAUUGGGCUCUUAGUUUGUUACAGAGAACAAACUAAUUGUAGCAGUCCUCCGUGUGUGUGUAUAUAAAA